AUGGCCAUCAGAUGUAUUCUCCAAAUCGCUCUCCUGCUGUCCUUCAUGACAUCUCUUUCCUUAAGUUACAACUUGCUUCAACUCCAGCAACAACAACGCAGCAGCAGUUUGGCCUGUCUGCAGCUUCUCAAGCAGGUGAAAAGAAAGCCUGAAAACUGCCACCAGGACAGGAUCGAUUUCAAAUUUCCAGAAGAGAUCAAGCAACCACAGCAGUUCCAGAAGGAGAAGGCUGAUCUUGUCAUCCAAGAGAUGCUUAAGAACAUCUUCGGUAUUUUCAGAAAAAACAUCUCCAACACUAUGUGGAAUGGGACCAUUUUGGAGAACCUCCUUGAUGAACUCCAUCAGCAGAUGGAUCAUCUGAAGUCAAUGAUCCUGCAGGAAAGACUGGAGGAAAAAACAUGA